AUGCCUAGAAACCCAUUGAAAAAGGAAUAUUGGGCAGAUAUGGUUGAUGGAUUCAAGCCAGCUACUUCUCCAAGCUCCGAGAAUGAAAAAGAAUCUACCACAUUCAUUACGGAACAAACUUCCAAAACUGAUUCUGCAUUUCCAUUAAGUAGCAAAGGUUCGCCUGGCAUAAACCAAACUACAAACGACAUCACAUCCUCAAAUCGCUCCCGUCACAAUGGAGACAUAGAGCAUGAAGACAUCAACAACACCAACCUGAGUAAAGAUCUAUCCGUGAGACAUCUUUUGACCCUAGCUGUUGGUGGUGCCAUAGGUACCGGUUUAUAUGUGAAUACAGGUGCCGCGUUAUCCACAGGUGGUCCGGCCAGUUUAGUCAUUGAUUGGGUUAUUAUCAGUACGUGUCUUUUCACCGUGAUUAACUCCCUUGGUGAGCUUUCCGCUGCUUUUCCCGUUGUCGGUGGGUUCAAUGUUUACAGUAUGCGUUUUAUUGAGCCUUCUUUUGCAUUUGCAGUGAACCUAAAUUACUUAGCUCAAUGGCUAGUUCUUUUACCAUUGGAAUUGGUGGCUGCAUCUAUUACUAUAAAAUACUGGAAUGAUAAAAUUAACUCCGACGCCUGGGUGGCUAUCUUUUAUGCCACCAUUGCCCUGGCUAAUAUGUUGGACGUUAAGUCAUUUGGUGAGACUGAAUUUGUACUAUCCAUGAUCAAAAUCCUCUCCAUAAUCGGCUUUACCAUCUUAGGUAUUGUUUUAUCCUGUGGUGGCGGACCUCACGGGGGCUAUAUUGGUGGUAAAUACUGGCAUGAUCCAGGUGCUUUUGUAGGGCAUGGUUCUGGAACUCAGUUUAAGGGUUUAUGUUCUGUUUUUGUUACCGCUGCGUUUUCUUAUUCCGGUAUUGAAAUGACUGCUGUUUCUGCUGCCGAAAGUAAAAACCCAAGAGAAACCAUCCCCAAGGCAGCAAAGAGAACUUUUUGGUUGAUUACCGCCUCCUAUGUGACUAUAUUGACUUUAAUUGGUUGCUUGGUUCCAUCCAAUGAUCCUAGGUUACUAAACGGUUCAAGUUCAGUGGAUGCUGCUUCAUCUCCUUUGGUUAUCGCAAUUGAAAACGGGGGCAUUAAAGGUUUGCCAUCAUUAAUGAACGCUAUUAUUUUGAUCGCUGUUGUUUCUGUGGCUAACAGUGCUGUCUAUGCAUGUUCAAGGUGUAUGGUUGCCAUGGCUCAUAUUGGUAAUUUACCGAAGUUCUUAAACCGUGUUGACAAAAAGGGGAGACCAAUGAACGCUAUCUUGUUAACUUUGUUUUUUGGUCUGCUUUCCUUUGUGGCUGCAAGUGAUAAGCAAGCUGAAGUCUUUACAUGGUUGAGUGCUUUAUCUGGUUUGUCGACAAUUUUCUGUUGGAUGGCCAUCAACCUCUCCCAUAUUAGAUUUCGCCAAGCCAUGAAAGCUCAAGAAAGGUCUUUAGACGAAUUACCGUUCAUUUCUCAAACUGGUGUUAGAGGGUCCUGGUAUGGUUUCAUCGUUCUAUUUCUGGUUUUGGUUGCAUCUUUUUGGACUUCUCUGUUCCCACUGGGCGGUUCAGGAGCCAGCGCUGAGUCAUUCUUUGAAGGAUAUUUGUCCUUUCCAAUUCUGAUUGUCUGCUACGUUGGACAUAAACUAUAUACCAGAAAUUGGACAUUGAUGGUGAAGUUAGAGGAUAUAGAUCUUGACACCGGCAGAAAACAAGUGGAUUUGGCCGUUCGUAGGGAAGAAAUGAAGAUUGAGCGAGAAACAUUAGCAAAAAGAUCUUUCGUAACAAGAUUUUUACAUUUCUGGUGUUGA